CUAGUUCUCUCUCCAUAAGAAUCAAUCAAUCCAGAACAGAACAUUCAGCACAUAAAAAGUCAUCACCACCAGCACCCACCGCCCACCGAAUUGCCGCCUCUUUCUUCUUCUUUUCAUCGGAAAAGGAAAAGGAAGAUAAAUUCCGCCGCCCUCCGUCGGAUCACAAAGCGCCGGAGGGAUUGUGGGAGGAUUGAUUUUUCAUUUCUUCGCAGGACUUGCCAUGGCUUCAAAGCGGAUUUUAAAGGAGCUCAAGGAUCUCCAGAAGGAUCCUCCUACCUCUUGCAGCGCUGGUCCUGUUGGAGAGGACAUGUUCCACUGGCAAGCAACAAUUAUGGGUCCUCCAGAUAGUCCUUAUGCUGGUGGAGUUUUUCUGGUUACCAUCCAUUUUCCUCCAGAUUAUCCAUUCAAGCCACCUAAGGUUGCAUUUAGGACAAAGGUUUUUCACCCAAAUAUCAAUAGCAAUGGAAGCAUAUGCCUUGACAUCUUGAAGGAACAGUGGAGCCCUGCCCUAACCAUUUCCAAGGUUUUGCUUUCAAUCUGUUCUUUGUUGACGGACCCAAACCCUGAUGAUCCCUUGGUGCCAGAGAUUGCUCACAUGUACAAGACAGACAGGAACAAGUAUGAAACUACUGCAAGGAGCUGGACCCAGAAGUAUGCCAUGGGCUAAGAAUAUCAUCUUAUGUCUAAGGACAGGGGAAGUAUUACUCUUUCAAAUACUUUGGUGUUCCCAUUCUAUUUGUGAAUUGGUUUGAUCUGUCCGUUGAUCCGAACUGGACAAAAGAAAGGUCCCUGAUAUGCCCUUUAAAAGAGGGAGAAACACAGAUGUUACUUCUGAAUGUUUGCAUAUGUAAUUUAGUCUCCCCAACUAAGCAUUGUUUCCAUAUAUUUGUCUACACAAGUACCUAAACUAAGCAUUGUUUCCAUAUAUUUGUCUACACAAGUA